CAUUAAUGUUUAAUGCCUUUGUAGUGAAAAAGCGUGUUCCUUUAUGGGGCAUAAAAGGAAGAAUACCUUAAUUGUAAAGAAAAGUUUUAAAAGUCUCUUGAAGUGUGUUACAACGGAUUGAAAAAUAGUUUCGAAUGAUGAUAACAAAAGAUAUAAAAAUUCAGUCUUGUCUCGUUAUGUGUUAUUUUUCGAUUCAUGUGUGCAGUUAGGAUUAACAAGUCAUGAACGUUUGCAGAGACAUUAACUAGAGUAUGUAUACGUAACUACGAGAAAGUGAUUUUAAGGACUGUGACGUCACAAGCGAAAGACAAUAAAUUACACUACACGUACAAUGUUUUUUGGUUUUUGCCGGUGAUCAGAAGUUUAUAGCAAGCCGUGGGGAGGGCAGAGUUCGCGGCGGAGAGGUCGGCCCCCGCGAGGAUGGGCGGCGAUGUCUGCCCCCUCCGGAAACGCUGCGAGUCCCUCACCGUGUGCAUGUACUAAUAUAUCGCUUAUGCAAUUGUUCCACGAACUAAAGCAAAAGUUUCCUGGUGUCCCCGAUCAUGUUGUAUCUAGUACUAUCGAGCUGUAUUGCCAUGACAAGCAAGCCUGCGAGACACAUCUCCACCGGGAAGUCAAGGCCUCCCUAACUCACGCUUACCAUGCGUCCUCGUCGGCCGCCGCCCGACAGCUCAACGAGCUCAAAGUUAAUGUACCAGUAAAGUGUCGCAACCAACCCAUUGUCAAGCAUGAGAUCGUGAGAACAUCGGCUGUAAAAUCUGUAACUUGCCAAGGCCCACAAAAAGCUGUUAUAAGCUGCAAUUCGAUAGGUGAAGAAAACGAAAAGAAAAUAAACACUGAUGCUAAUCAAAAUGUUGUUGAAACUUCCAUUGAUAAUGAGAUUAGUAAAUGUCCAUCGCCUGUCACAAUUAUAAAUAUAGACAAUUGUUUUGCAAAGUAUAGUGCUGAGUCACCAAGUGAUCCUGAGCUCACGAAUGACAACAAAAAAGAAGUAAAUGAAAAUCACGGAAAAGAGGAAUCGAGUAUUCAAAAAACAGGUUCUGAUGCAACUCAAUCUGAGAGCACUAAUUACAAAAUAUUGAAGAGUAACAAAAUCAAGUGCAAUUUAAAUGAAAGAUUAGAAAAGGGAAAGGAGAAGAAGACUAUCAAAAAGGAACCGCAAACUGUUAAACCAGUAGAAGAAAAACCCAAGCGACCCAAUACACUUGAUUUUAUCAAACCCAAUCCAGAUAUUGCAUUUAAAGAAACAUUAAAACAAGACAAUCCAGAACCAUGUAGAUCAGUGUCGCCCGCUGUUUCAACACAAAAGGACAAUCAAAGCAAAGAGAAGCCUAACACAUAUAGACGGGAAUGUGGGUACCCGCUAAAUUUGUCUGUGAAUGUAAAUUGUCAUAUGGACUUGAGUAGGUCAUAUGUUGAUCCUUGGAUGGAAGAUUACGAAAGUCCUAGAGCUAUUACUUCAGUUAAUUUAACAGUUUGUACACCAACUUCGAACAUGGCUAGUCCAGUCAGGGAGACGAGAGAUGAUGAGGGAGGCUUUGAGGGCCAUGUAACAGUGACAGUGAGCCCCAGCACCACAAGGCCUCCUCGACGUCGCGCGCCACCGCCUCCACCUCCCGCUCAGCCUCCUCCGACAAGACUGGAAUCCCCAAGACCUUCAAGAACGGCCCCAGAACCACCUGCAGGGUCUAAUCAUGGCACAAUUGAUCGUUCACUAAUAGAGAGACAGAAAGAACGUUUAUCGAGGCUUGCUGCAGCUUUAGCUCAAGAGAAAAGUAGAGUGGCGCAGUUGAGUCGAGAAACGCAAAUAUUAGCGGCACCCCCGCCAUCACCGACUGCAACACAGAGGCUCAAAAACUAUGUUGAACGACUACGUGACGAAUGUAACACAUUGUCUAAGAGAUUAGAAAUGGCCAACAAUGAGCCAGAUGAUUCAGACAGCUUCUACAGAAACAUCUACACAGGGCAGCGGCCGAGCGCAAUGUGGCAGUGCCACAUGUGCACCUUCCGCAACCACGAGCUGCUCACCAAGUGCGAGGAGUGCGAGAUGCCGCGCAUACUCGUAGUUCGAGCUCCUGAUGGAAUAACAGUACGUCUAAUGCCAGGUCGACGAAGUAAGUAUGUCGACAUAGACUAUACAUGAAAAGAGAAAGGAAAAUUAAAAAAAAAUGUUAACCAAUUGGCACAUUUCAAUGAGAUUUUUCGUUUUCAGAAAUAGUGCGAUCGUGGGUUUUAUGAGACGCGAAGGAAAUCAUUAUUUAUAAGUAAAACUGUCAGUCUUAAGUGCAGUAUAUGUUAAUGUUUUUUAAUCUGUGAUAUUCGCAUUUGGUUGUUUUUAAAAUAGAAGUCUGAUUCGAUGUUAAAAAAAGAAUAUUCUAAUUUAACACAUUCCAUGCUGGGGGAAGUGGGAUCUGUUUUAUUAUUGUGAGGAUUAAUUAUGAGAAUGUAUAGAUAAAUGGGCAUUUGUGUUAAAAUGGCAUUAUUAUCUAUUACUGGUGUGGUUUAUAGAGUAAUUGCAAUGAAUCAGUUCGCGCUUUCCCGUAAUAAAAGAUAAAAUUUUGUUACCUUUUCUUUCCUAUACUCAUUGAGUGCUCUGUUGUACCAAAUGCGAAUAACUCCCUGUUAUUUACAUUUUAACACUGCUGCACUUAAGGUGGAUAGGAAAUUAAUUAAAUUCAAAUAUUUUGUAGCGAAAUAUUUCUUUAUAAUUAGUAUCAAACAAAAAUUUAUGUAAUUCAGGAAGUAUGUUAUUAUUAAUGUUCAUUGAUAACUUAAUGAAACAGGGU